GGCUGAGCCCGGCCAGCCCCCGCACGCCGCCCGGCCGCCCCGAGGCCUCGUCCUCCUCCCAAACUUUGCAAAGUCGGCCCGCGUCCCCGUCGCCCUCGGCCGCGCCUCGGCUCGGAGGCUCGCCUCGCAGCCGCAGCGGCCCCGCGAGGAGGAGGAGGAGCCGCUGCCGCCGCAUCAAAGAGACCGAAUUCCCGCGGCCUGGGGGGGAGUCAUGCUUUGCGGUCUGUAAUGUCAGCAGAACAGGAGAAGGAUCCCAUUUCGCUAAAGAGAGUUCGAGGUGGUGAUAGUGGACUGGAUGGGUUAGGAGGACCAGGUGUACAACUAGGAAGCCCAGACAAGAAAAAACGCAAAACAAAUACACAGGGGCCUUCUUUUCCUCCAUUGUCUGAGUAUGCGCCACCACCGAAUCCCAACUCUGACCACCUAGUGGCUGCUAAUCCAUUUGAUGACAACUAUAAUACUAUUUCCUACAAACCACUACCUUCGUCAAACCCAUAUCUUGGCCCUGGUUAUCCUGGCUUUGGAGGCUAUAGCACAUUCAGAAUGCCACCUCAUGUUCCCCCGAGGAUGUCUUCCCCGUACUGUGGUCCUUACUCACUCAGGAAUCAGCCACACCCAUUUCCUCAGAAUCCUCUGGGCAUGGGUUUUAAUCGACCUCAUGCUUUUAACUUUGGGCCACAUGAUAAUUCAAGUUUUGGAAAUCCAUCUUAUAAUAAUGCACUAAGUCAGAAUGUCAAUAUGCCUAAUCAACAUUUUAGACAAAAUCCUGCUGAAAACUUCAAUCAGAUUCCUCCUCAGAAUGCUGGCCAGGUAUCUAAUCCUGACUUGGCACCUAACUUUGUCCCUGGAAAUAAUUCAAAUUUUACUUCUUCAUUAGAAUCUAAUCAUUCUUUUAUUCCUCCUCCAAAUGCUUUUGGCCAAGCAAAAGCACCACCCCCAAAACAAGAGUUUAAUCAAGGAGCAACCAAAAACACUAAUCAAAAUUCCUCUGCUCAUCCACCUCACUUAAACAUGGAUGACACAGUGAAUCAGAGUAAUAUUGAAUUAAAAAAUGUUAAUCGAAACAAUGUAGUCAAUCAAGAGAACAGCCGUUCGAGUAGCACUGAAGGUACAAACAACAGCCAUGCAAAUGGGACACAGAAUAAGCCACGACAACCUAGAGGGGCAGCAGAUACGUGCACCACCGAAAAAAGCAAUAAAUCCUCUCUCCACCCAAGCCGUCACGGCCAUUCUUCUUCUGACCCAGUGUAUCCUUGUGGAAUCUGUACAAAUGAAGUGAAUGAUGAUCAGGAUGCCAUCUUAUGUGAAGCCUCUUGUCAGAAAUGGUUUCAUCGAAUCUGCACUGGAAUGACUGAAACAGCUUAUGGCCUGCUCACUGCAGAAGCAUCUGCAGUAUGGGGCUGUGACACCUGUAUGGCUGACAAAGACGUCCAGUUAAUGCGCACUAGAGAGACUUUUGGUCCACCUGCGGUGGGCAGUGAUGCUUAGUCACAGCCAUUAACUAAAGUGGAUUUCCCCCUCUCCCCCAUGUAUUAUAGAGGGUCAGUGACACAGGAUUUUAAUGUUUUACAUUAUUUUUUUAAAUGCACAUGCAAAAAGAUGAUUUACCUUUUAGUUUUUAUUAUAUUCCACCUCAUUGCUAGUGCAAAUUUUGUAUUGUCUUUGUUUGCUAUCUUAAAUGAGAAUAAUGUAUAUGGUGGUGCUUUAGAAAGUACUAUACAAAUAAAUGUUAGUUGUUGUCAAUCAUAAGCAUAAAAGCCUCUUGAAGCUUCACAAUAAUAUAUAGCAAAUGUAGGCAAAUUUUGACUCAUGAAAGUUAGAACCAUUGAAAAAUGUAUAUUUCAGUGCUGAACUUUGGCGAUAUCACAUUAAACAUUUAGUUCAAGUAUUUUUUCAAGGAUUCAUUUAACAUGAAAAAAUAUGUGUAGCUAUAACAUGGAAGAAAGUAUACAUUUUAUGGAUGUUUUUAAAAAUAAUAGAUUCCUCCCUAACUAGGGUCCUUGAAAUUAGUGACUUUUGUGUUUCAAGUCAGUCUCUCCAGGAUAUUUGUUUGUACAGAUAUGACAAAGAUGUCAGCAUUUCGUAGAUACCCAGUAAGUAUUUGUUGAUUAACCUGUGGAUUGUACCACAUGAAAUUGCUAAUUUUAGAUCAGUUGAAAAUUCACUGCAGUUAGUAGAGUUGAUAUAAAGUAUAUUUCUACUUGUGCUAUUUAGAAUUAUAACAGUAUUGUGCUUUUAACUCUUUACUUCUCUUUGAUUAUUGAGUUGUUUUGUUAUUUUCCAGAGAAACAAACAAUAUAGUAUCCUCAGAAGAAUUGUGAAUACUUUUUAAAACAUGAUUUCAAACUGAGACAAAUUGCAAAUGAGAUAGAUAGAAGCAAAUUUGGCCUCACAGGUCACUGAACUACUCAUUGGUAGUUUGAAAAGUCAUGCUCUGGGGAUCUGAAUUCAAAAAUGAGUUUCCAGAGAGAUCAAAAUCAAUUUUAAGCAAAAAUCGAUUAAGAACCAAGGUGAAAGCUAACUUACGAACAACAAUUCAACGCCUUGCAGCAGACAAGAGUUUCUGCUUUGUUUGGGGGAAAGUGUAAAAAUGGACCUGAGAGUAUCCUUUUGAGAGAUGAUAAAGAACCGAGACAGUUUGAGGUGUACUCAGUAAGAUUCAAAACAGCAGAAACCCAUUUUUGGAAUGGAUCAUAACCUGUGACAAAAACAACAACAACAAAAAACUGUAUGAUAGUUGAUAGCAAUUUAUAAAAUGGUUGGAUGUUGGUGAAGAUCCCAAACUUGCACCGUCAUUAUCAUUGCGACCAAAAAGGUCUGAAGACCAUAUGGUGAUCUGUGAAAGGUAUAAUUAAUUACUACUAUUUAAACCCUGGUGAAAUGACAGCAGCAGCAUAUUACGAAGAAAUUAAAAUUAUGCAUGAAAAAUCUGAUUAAAAAACAACAUCGUUUGGUUAAUCAACAGGAACCCACUCUUUUACAUAACAGCACUUGACCUCACGUAUCACAAGCUACUAAAGCAAAGUUAAUUAAAUUGGGCAAUUAAAUUUUGUCAUGUCCACAGUCACCAGGCCUUUAUCCAAUGAACUAUAUUUUUCGUCAUUUGGAGCUUUUUCUAAGAAAUAACAUUCUUUGAGAAGGAAUAAUUGGAGGAUUUAAACAAUUUAUACAGCCUAACAAAUGAUAAAUUUCAUAACAAUGAAAUUUUUAAUAUCCUAUUAGAAGAAAAUUAUUAAUACUCAUGAUACAUCUUUUGAAUUAAUCUUAUUUUUUUAAAUACAGUGCUUUAAUUUGACCUACAAAAACAGCAAUUUCAUGUGGUACAAAGUAAUACAAGUUUUUCUCCAGUUACCUCUGACUAGUUAGAGGUCAGUACAAAAUAUUUUCAGUAGUUGCAAAAUAUAUACCUUUAUACAGUUGUAGGAAAUAAAAUGAUGUAAAUUCUAAUACUCUUUUGAAGCAGGUUAAAAUGCAGUAUUUUUGGCUGGCUGACAUUUGUUGUGUUCAGUAGCAUACUUGAAGAUCCCAAUUUGCUUACACUGUAGCUUUUGUUAGAUACAUAAUUUUCUAAAUAUUUAAGGAUGUAGUUGUGUUGUUCUUGAAAUCCUAGUGAGUGCUGAUUUUUAAGAAAUGAUGCAUUUCAUGCUAUGUGCCUAGUCCUAGCAUCAGAUCAUGAUUUUUUUUUUUUUUAAUGACUGAAUGCAGUUAAAUAGGUAUUGAGUAGAAACUUGCAAGGGCCACAGGAGUUAACACUUCAUAUGGCAGUACUUCCGCUGUGCUCAUUGCUAAAACUGAUUAUGCAGUUUUUUUAAGCCCUCUGUUGCUUACAGUUUCAAUUGUUGUUUUGUGAAAAUGAAAUAACCUCUCCCACUCUAGUCAAAAGAUACUUGAUUUAUAAUGCAAUUUUUUCAUUUUCCAUUUCCAAGUAAUUAAUUGUUUUUAAAAACUUACAAACAAGUGAAUUUUUCACAGGUAUUUAGGUCUGUAGAGCACCUUAUUUAAAUAAGAAUCUGUAAGUAUUCAAAAGAAAACCUUGUGGUUGAUUUUGGCAAUGAACUAUAGUCAUAGCUGAUGAAUGUUUUCUUGUAUUUGAAUUAAUUUUUUUACGAGUUCUACAUUUGUCUCUACAUAACACUAAGUCAAAAGUCAUCUAAACCCUUUUUUGUAGGGAAAGUGAUGAAUUAUAAAAAUGAUCAGAUACUAAUUUGACCCAAACAAAUGG